AACGCUCCAGUAUUCAAUCAACAGGCACCGGAUAUCUAUGUCUGACACUUACCAACGAGUUACGCUAGGCCUUGGAUACCACAACGGCACAUCUCUGUGAAUGAAUUAAAGCGAUAGCUUUCACACUCUAUCCAUAGCAAAUCUGAUAUUAAAGUGACUACAAUCGGGCUUUAAUUGUUGGAUUUUAUCAAGUUGACAAAAUGACGGCAGAAGCUCUUUCUUGGGACUCGGCCCCGUCUAAUCUCCGACGCUUCAACGAGCCAAUACAGCCUAUGCAAUCGACAACAUUCGGUUUCCAAGGUUACCCAGAAAACAAUUUUAUACAUGCUAAACGACCCCUGAAGCACAUGCCUUCUGCUGACAUAACCACAGACGUAAAUAGAUAUUUCAGAAGAGACUCGCCAACAGAGUUUUACCCACCGGCCAAUCAAGCUCCUCCCCCUAGAAUGCAGACACCGCCCCCACCUCAACAGGACAACACCCCCGACUGGCUUCAAAGUAAAGAGCAGUCUGGUGUACCGCCACUGAUCCAGAGCACAUUAUCCCCACGAUACCAGGACGAGUCUUCGUAUAGAAAGCCUCCCGUCAUACGGGACCCACUGAGGGAGAUGACCUCGGCUGAGAAAAGGAAAAAGAUUGAAGAGCACUAUAUCGCGGAACAGGAUCGGGCGGAGGCCAGACGUCGCAAAGAAGACGCAAUCCGUGAAAAACGCGAGGAUAUUCAGAAGAUAAGAGAAUUGCAAGAUUCCUACCAGCCCUGGGGUAGACCAGGGGGUGGGGCUCCAAAUAGAGCGAGACAGAUGAUCGCAGAUCAUGAUCCCUAUGGCAAACCAGGUGGCGGGGCACCAAGGGGUGCUGAUAAUAGGAAAAAGGUGUUUACAGAACUUCAAAUGAAUAGGCCUCCAGGUUCGCCAAAAUAUAGUGAUCCAGGGCUGGAUUUAACAUUUGCUGACAAGGAUCAGGAAGUUCCAUUGGCCUUUAGGACUAAUCGGUCCGAGGCCAAAUAUGGGGACGAAAACAGAGAUAUUGAUCGGACUCGUUCCAGUAUGGACCAGAUUCGAAAUGGUUUUCCUGAGAAAAAAGAAGGCUUUGGAAGGGCAGCUACCAUGCCUGUUAAAACUUCAUAUUCAGAUAGUUUUGGACAACGAAACCAUGAUAUGCUUAGGCAACAGGAGCGUGAGAUAGAGGAUCUCCGUCGUAAUCUAGAUCAGCUUGAAAGCGAACGACGCUUCAGCACAAAUCGUGACACUGCGCGCUCUGACCCUCAGAAUGAUAAAAUGGAAAUGUUGGAAAACCAGUCCCUUCAGCUGCGGAAAAUGCAAGAUGAAAUUAACAGGCUGAAGGCCCAGGACGACAUGAGCUUCACUGACCGCCCCAGUGACCGUCCUCGCUACGAUGUCAACCCGCGUGCACAGUCCGUGUCCCAAGAGCCACUUUGUGUUUUCACAGCCAAGCCUAGCUUAGUUGACAAUCCAAGCUUUGUUGGAUACCUCUUUACCAUAGAACCUCAGACAGAUCGAACAGGAAUGAGAAUUAACCGGGACGCUGCUUACUUUGGCGAGUCUGAGCAGAAACUUCCUGACUACCUGACAAGGAGACGCCCAGUUGGCAAAUUCUACAACACGAAUACUACCUACACACAUGACUACAAUGCACCCGUGGUCCGAAGGGGCAGGCAGACCCUGGAGAACCAUAACAAGGAGCCUUUCGAGCCCUUUGCCCCCUGGGGUCAGUACGGGGGUGGGGCCCCACUGACUGACUCAACCGGUCAGCGCAGGACCAGAAUUCAGGGAAGCAUGGGAACGCUGGGUCGAGAGCUGUCUGAUUCAGCCCGUGCCAGACGUGCCCACAAACACGAACUCUUGGACACCAUUGGUCAGCAGGCUGCAUACGAGAGAGCUAGGAAGGAGGCAGAGAAGGCCUAUGCCAGACAAGGGUUUGUGGAGGUAGCAGAUGUGAUGAGGCAACAGAAGGUGGGAUACCCAAAGUACAAGCCGUCUGGACUGAUAGGGAACCACCACCUGCCACACGCCAUGUCCAACCCAUAUGAGAGAUCAACGGUGUCCGAGCAGCGUGAGUACCAUGACUACUUGGCCAAUCAGAUCGAGGAGCGCAACAGGAACACCAGGCUGGGACAGCUGGAGGAGAAACGUCAGGCCAGGGAGCACUUCAAAACUCAGGACGCCUUCUUUGGCCGGCGUGGGGGUGGUAACAGGAAGGGCGAGGAUCUGAGGAAGUACAACCUUGACAAGGCCAUCCAUGACCCCCAAUCCACGAGUCAGUAUUAUAACAAGAUGCGUAUGGACGAUGAACCGCUAGAUAUUCUUGAGCGCUUUAAACCCCGAAUAACAGUAAACAGUACCCAUCGAAACCUGUAUGAAUUCCCAGAAGGCAAUGUCAAGCGGAUAGACCUCAGGAAUUACAUGGGAACUUUAGGAGUCUAACUACACGGGAGGAGCGCCAUAUGCUGAAUUUACAGAAUAGAAACAGAGAACCUGUAGCAAUAGAGUUGAACAUUCCCCUACCACUUCUUCAUAAUGGGGUAUAUCUUACCCCACCCACAGAAUAUUGUAUUGGAGUGAACAGAAUCAUAUUUUGUACUGAUCAAAUAUAUGUUAGCAAAUUGUGAUUUUUUUUUGUAUAGUUACCAUAUCAUUUUAUACAGAUAAUUAUUUAUAUUGUUAAAGCCUUUAAUGUUUUAAUAAAUCAUUAUGCCUGUGAUUUUAUAUUUAGAAAUGCACAUACAUCUUUUUAGAUAGUUACUAAAACUAUUUUCAUGUA